AUGUCGACUCUACUGCGGAGGGUUCAGUCAACUAUUGCCGUCUUCGAUCCGCUUCAAAAUAAUCAACCUCAGGUCGCAUUGAAUCCGGCUGAUCGCCCAAGCAAGCCAGCAAAGCGACACCGACUGCGGAAAUCCUCUCAGCACCACCACCGCUCGCAUUCAAAUCUGCUUGAAGUGAAUCAUCUCAAUCAGCAGCCCGCUGUUGAAUCGCGCAACCAGACCCUGCAACAUCCUGAACCCGGACCUCUCACCGAGUUUCGUCGCCGACUUGCGAGAAAGGCCUCGACCUUCAGUUUGAGAACUAGACGUCGACAGGGAGAGCGUGAACAGGACGAGGCGAUCAAGGAAGAAGAGAAGCUCAGAGAAUUGGUACUGGUGGGAAGCGAAAAGGCAAGGACCAAGUCGCAGGAACAUCGAGACGGGACUCCUGUGGAGCCGUACACAAGAGAGUCCUCGGUGACAGAAGUUGCGCCAUACGAUCCUGCCACGAUACUCUCUGUCGGUGGACAUCCAUCGCCUUCCAAAGAAGACUCUCCACCCAAAACCUCCACUGCGUUGCAAGAUCUCAUCUGCAAGACCCAAAAUACAUACAUCACCAAACACGUGGCAGGAGGAAAGAUUGCUGUCAAGAAAAUGUCAUCGGAACAAGCCCCCCCUCCCGUGCCCUAUACGCGUCUCAAAGAGAUCACAGAAAAUGCAUGCGAAGCUGCCCUUUCAGGGGUAACCUCUUACUCCCACCCAGACACGGAAAAAUGGAACACGAUGAUCAUCAACAGCAUCCUGGGCGCACUUGUGGAAGAGACCACGGUAAAAGCAGCUUCUGGAUCAUCGGCAGCCAGCCAACCACAAUACAAAUACGUGGUCAACAGCACCAUCAUCCAGCACGCCGCAUCCACCCCGGCUUCGGCGGGCGACGACACAAAGAAAACAAGUGGCCGUCGAGGCAUGCACGCGGCAAGUGGAGCUUACUGGAACAACGAAAAGGAUGGUAUGUGGAGCUUCAAGUACCCAGGCGCCGAUAGCAAGGGCUUGGAUGUGGUCGUCGGCAUCAUCUGGGUUUGGGUCGGGUAA